GGGGGGUCGGGCCGGAUCUCGUUCUUGUCUGGUGUGGUGUGGUGUGGUGUGUUUUGGCGUGCUGGUGCAGCUGUCUCUCUACGUCUGUAUGUCUAUAUCUGUCUGUCUGUGUGUCUGUCCGAGUGCCUGGAUGCAUCAUCUCAUCAGUCGGUCGGUACGAUUGCCCGUGUGUGUGGUGUGACCGCAGUACGUGCCAUACGAACAUUAGACAACAACAACAACAACAAGACCAAGAGAAAGACAAACACACACAGGAAUGGACCCACACGGACACACACAUGCACGAUAGAAGAGAGGGUCGCACAAAAAUCGCCUGAGAGAGAGAGUGGGAGGGAGGGAGGGAGGGAGGGAGAGACGGAGGGAGAGAGGGAGGGACAGGGGGAGAGGGGGCGGACAGACGGGCCACUGCCAUACAUGUGUGGGUGAAUGUUUGUACCAGCCAAUCGAGUACACUGACACAAAUAAACAAGCGGGACAGCCACGCACAGAGGCAGAUAGAUAACAGGGCACACUGGCUCGUCCGUCCAUCAGCAGAAAUAACGUCAGCAGGCAGGAAACGCAGCCAGUCAGUCAGCUCGACAGGCAGCUAGGAAGGCAGAUCAGAUCGAGGGCUUCCGCGACUCGAGGACCGGCAGCUACGUACUUACGUAUGUGUGGAUGAUAUACACAUGUGCAUAAAGCGAGCGAAGCGCCCCAUCCCAUGGGGUCUAUAAAAACGUCCCCCCCCGCUCCCAACCCCCUCCCCUCCCCCUUCCCCUCCACCCCUCGGCCCCUCUUGAAUGACUCGUCUGGUGGCUAACGGUACGAUUCCCACACUCAUACGUGGCCAGCCAGCCAGCCAGGCACUUUACAAACAACAAAACUCCGCCAUCGCCCUCUUUACCUGCAAUCCCGUCCUAGUAGUCAUUACACACAUCUCACACACCCCAAUCCAAUCCUCCCGUCUCCCCUCUAGAAGAUCUGUCUGAGCCGCAGCUCAUAGUACCCGGCCACCCUCUCGCCCGUCAUCUCCUUGUAGAGCUCGUCAGGGAUGGUGAUUCGUCUCACCUCCCCCACACCCAUCAUCAGCAGCGCCUCCAGAAUGAUAGAGAUCACCGGGUUGCUCUGCGGGAAGGAUAUCGUCCGCAUCAGGCCGCGGUAGUCGAACACGAUCUCGUGGCCGUCGAAGCUGUCCCGCAGCACCGUCCAGUCGUAUUUGACGCGCUGCCCGACCUUCGGGCUCGGCCCGACCCCCAUCUGCAGCACCUCUGUCGACACGCCAAGCCGCUCCAGGACGAUGGACGAGGGCGAGUGCUGCCCACCGCCACCAGCGUCGCCGCCGUCGGCUGGCACUGCGGUCAUGUGUGUGAGGGUGGGGACGGUGGGGAGGGGGCAGGAGUUGGUGUGAGUGUCGUCCGACGACCGGACGAACCUCUCCUCGUGUGAGUGGGAGAUGGUCGAGUGGGUGGGGGCGUGGAUGGGGGACGAGGCGUGCUCCGCCACCGCGACGGGCCGCCGCAACGUCAGGGCGCUGCCCGCACUACACACACACACACACACACAAGAUGGUGGAAACAGAGAUACCAGCGGCCAGAUCUGUGUGGCACGUUAUAUAUCUGAGCCACCUGGCGAUUCGGCCGACACUGACGUCGGCAAAGAAGACAAUGCGGGAGUAGUCCUGCACCCGCAGCGGCCGCCGCUCCUCCCCGUUCUUGAGGUGGAUCAGCACCUCGAACCCGCCCCUCCCGUCGGAAUACACGUUUCUGCCCUCGAACAGGCCCACCACCUUGUCCUCUUCAGCCAUUGCCCUCGUUGUCACGCCGCCUCGCGCAAUCUUGCCUGUCAGGUCAGGGCGCGUGUCGCUGCUUCACACGCAGCGACAAGACAACUCCGUCGUCUCUCGUUCUGCCUCUUGCGGUCUCGUGAAAGGGGAAGAUCUGAUUUGACGUCUGCAGGGUCGUUGUGACCUUCUGUCGUCCUCUCCCUCUCUAAGCUCGC